AUGCAAUUCAAGAACGCUGCCCUAGCUACCAUUGCCGUCGCCGCCACUGCCUCAGCUGCCUCCUCUUCCUCCGUCAAGGGUUACACUCCAGGUGAACCAUGGUCUACUUUGACCCCAUCUGCCACUUUGAAGUGUGGUUUCUCUCAAUACACUUCUUCUUUCGGUAUUGCUGUUCAACCAAUCACAUCUGCUUCUAGUUCUGCCUCUGCCUCUACCUCUGCCUCUGCUUCCAAGGCUAAGAGAGACGCUAUCUCUCAAAUCGGUGAUGGUCAAAUUCAAGCUACUACUUCCAACAAGGCUGCUUCUACCAAGGCUACUACCACUUUGGCUCCAACCACCAAGAAGUCCUCUUCCAUUACUUCCAAGUCUGUCAUCUCUUCUUCUGCUAACUCCACCAGCACUUCUUCCACUUGUAAUGCUUCCGCUACCGUUUCUCUACAAGACACUUCUUGUAAGAACUCCGGUACUCUAGCUUUAACUCUAAAGGACGGUGUUUUAACUGAUUCCAAGGGUAGACUAGGUUCUAUUGUCUCUAACAGACAAUUCCAAUUCGAUGGUCCACCACCACAAGCUGGUGCCAUCUACGCUGCUGGUUGGUCUAUCACUGAAGGUGGUAACUUAGCUCUAGGUGACCAAGAUGUUUUCUACCAAUGUCUAUCUGGUGACUUCUACAACUUGUACGAUGAAAACAUUGCUGAACAAUGUUCUCCAAUCCAUUUAGAAGUUGUUGAAUUAAUUGACUGUUAA